AACCAUUCGGAAGCCAAUCAGACGACAAUGCGCCAAACCGAAUCCAGUGCUCUUUGGGCGCUACUGCUGCUGGCCGGAGGUCUUCAAGUUGCGGUAGCCCAGUUGGCGGAUGUCUGCAUUUAUGAGGAGGACGGCACUCGACUUCCUCUGGCCACGCACUGCUCUCGCUUUGUGGUUUGCCAAAGAGGAGAGGUGUCCAUCAUUGGUAGCUGCCCGCGAGGCCUUCACUUCAAUCGCGAGCUUGGAGAAUGCGACUUCCAGUGGAGAGCCAACUGCCUGGGACUAUCCUCCUUCGCCGGAGCAGAUGACCAGUGUACGUGCGACUGCUGUGCUGAUGAGUGCCAGGAUCCCAUAGAUGAAGAAGAUGUAGAUGAAACAACCACUGAGGACUGCGGUCCGGACACCACCACCAAGUCACCAGUUACUCCGAGUCCCCCAGAUUCCACUGAUCCCACAGAAGUCACCACAAAUCCCGAUGACACCACCAACUCCUCCAACACUACGCCAGCGAGUCCAGGCGUGGUACCCACAUACUGCUCCAGUCCCCGUACCGACUGCGUCGCGCAGGAGAGUGGCGCAUUGUUAGAUAUGCCCGGAAUUUGCGUCAGGUUCAUCCAAUGCAGCAACGGAUGCGUGAAUGAAAUGCCCUGUCCCAGUGGCCUGUAUUUCAGCAAGGAGCUGGGUCGGUGCGAUAACCCGGAUAAAGUGGAUUGUGAGAUAACUGCUGAUGCUGAGGAUGAGGUGGUGGGACCGUCCGGAAUCGCAUGCACCAGCGACGCUAAGUGCAAUAAGCAGCCCGAUGGAACGAUGUUUGCGGACCCCAAUUCAAACGGAUACUUUAUUUGCCAAUGCCAGUGUGCCAUUGCAAUGGAGUGUGAUCCUCAGCUGGCUUUCAAUCCGGCGGUGAAUGUUUGUGACUGGCCCAAAGGCAACAACACUGAAACCGGUGGCGAUACAGGGGGCGGUGUCUCAUCGGUUCUCUGUCCCAGUGGCCUUGUUUACAAUGCAACCUCAGAUCAGUGCGACUAUCCUGAGGGCUAUGUACCCGAGGUGCCCUGCAACAGCACCAGCCCUGUGUGCAAGGGCCAGCCCGAGGGUGAGCUCUUCCAGGUGCCCGGCUCUUGCAAUACGUUCUACAAGUGCAAUUACAACUGCGCCGUGGAGCAAUUGUGUCCCAACAAUCUAAUCUUCGACCCUGAAAAUGAUAUAUGUGUCUACCCAGAUGCUUAUGAAUGCGAAUGGGAGUAUACGCCGCCAUCGGGUCCGAAUGCUGGCCCCUCUGGCACAUCCUGUGAGAGUAACGGUCGUUGCUUGGGCAAAAAGGAGGGUACUUUCCUGCCUUCAGAGACAAACUGUGGACGGUAUGUGGUUUGCCAGUGCGAGUGUGAAGUCGAGAUGGAGUGCUCAGAUGGGUUGUACUGGGAUCAAUCCCAAAAGACCUGCAAUUAUCCCAAUAAAGUCAAUUGCACGCUCUAACUGACCUAUUGUAGAAUAAAGGAAAUCAUUAUCAAAGCCA